GCAAAUUGUAGCGGGAAAGCAUUAUAUGAAGUAUAACGAUAUUUGUCGUACGGGUACUAUGUAACAACUAACAAGUGACUGCCAGCCUGACGAUGAUAUACCUAGCAACAUCAACCCCCGACUUUGUUGCUUAAAACUAAAGCAUGGCAUCGCGCAAGGCUGACACUCAACGUCCCAAGGUUCCGGUGCAGCUGUACUUGGACUUUGGGACGGCGUACAUUCGGGUAGCCGUCAAGUUGGCAGAUGAGCAGUUUAAGCAGCUGGAAUUUAGUGACCAAAAGGAGAUUCCGACAUAUAUGUUCGUUCGUGGUCACGCAAAGCCCGGUGGAUCGGAAUUCCCGGACUUCUUCGAGUCCCAGCAUAACAUAUUGCAUCAAAACGCCGUAAUUGGAUGCAAAGCUAGAGAGCUAUCGAAGAAAACCAUCUCUUACAUAGUUUUCCAACCAUCGUUGCUCUUGCGAAGCCGGCCGUCUGAUCACAUAAGAGAAUCCCUGGGUGCUGGUAAGCCUUUUCAAGUGUUUUAUGACGCUGUGGACUCCAGUCUUCUCCUGCUCUCAACAGCGUCUCCCGAAGAAGGUGUGGGUGCUAUCGACAGGGAAAGCCAGUAUACUCACGGCUUGGGAACCGAUGCCAAAGGGCUGAAUGCAUUGUUUAUGCAGCAUUUGAGUGUCAUGUGUCAACAACAAGAUGAUAUGGAUUUCUCCAUUAGGGAGUGCUACAUUGCAGCGCAUGAUAUUGAACGUUUAAGGGAGAAUUUACGCAGUGUGGUUAAAGAUACCGUUUUCCAGGGAGCCAAAUUCUUGGACCGCUCGGACACGCAAAUUCAUGGUUUACUCAGGCAGUUUCCCAAAAUGCUGGCAAGUUCCCGGUAUAUUGUUAUCGUGCGGAUGGGUGCGCAGUUUUCUAGUGUGUCGAUUUACUCUUUCCAUUCUACUGGCUACGACAAGAUUUACUCAUUUCCAUUGGAUUACGGUGGAAAUGAGAUUGAUUUUCUCCUGAUGAAUUAUUGCGCUCACCGAUUUCAGGAAAUGUUGGAUCUGGAUGAGAAAGUGCAAUUUGAUCGUGAUGGCGUACACCGUCUGCGACUUGAGUGUGAGGCAGCCAAAAUUGCCUUGUCGCAUAACAAUUAUGCCACAAUCAAUGUCACGAAUUUUCAUGCCGGUCUCGAUUUGAACGUUCAGAUAAAUCAUACCGACUUCUACGGACUUCUGCACAAACUGUGCUAUCAAGUAGUGAAUUUGCUGUACAGUAAAAUAUCGGAAGGCUUGGCUCUACCGGCACGAAAAAAGCUCAAGUUUGACCUCAUCUUAACCGGAGGAACAUCAAAAAUUCCAUUGAUAAGAGAGCUUAUCACUAAGAUAAUACAGGAGCCAAAUACUGAGCUUAGCAGCGCUGCUGAUGAUCUGGUUCUCCGAGGACUGGAUGCGCUGCAUACCGAGAAGGAAACCAAUAUGCCACAGCGCUCCCCAUCGACUCCCAUCCAUGAGACAGUGAAAUCGACGGCAUCGGCAUCAUUGAAAUCCGAAGACACAGCCUCACAAAGCAGCAUCCUACCAGCAGAAAUACUCCCUAACGCUGCUGACGCACAACUACUGCAUCUUGGUUCUACUUGCACCUAUCGUGUUGAAUAUGAGUCUGAACUGGGGCACGGUUCUUAUGGCUUUGUAUACCUGGCUACCAUAGUGUCACGCGGCAAUUAUGAAGGCUCAGAUACUGUAGCGGUCAAAAAAUUUCGGUAUGGAGUUCCUUCCCGUGAUGACCCACAAAACCUUGAGGUUCUUGCAGAAAAGUGGAACUGUUUAUUAUCACUGAAGCAUGAGCGGCUGGUGGUUUACCAUAAAGUUAGCAUAAAAAAGACAAGAACGGGAACAUUCGUGGAGCUGCUGAUGGAUUAUUAUGAGAAAGAUUUAGCCGCCCUGCUUAGCAGCUUUGCAGAUGCGAAGGAGACAAUUUCCUUGAACGACGUGGUAAAAUUCGGGAAGCAGAUCGCGGAGGGUGUUGCGUAUUUGCAUGGUAGACAAGUAAUACAUGGAGAUUUAAAACCAGGAAAUAUUUUGGUUCGACGAGCCCAUGAUACCAACGGAUACGACCUGCUUAUAGCCGAUCUAGACGACCAUAUUGCCCUGAUGCACAGUCAAACCGGUACUAAGGAUGUCACGCGCAUGCGAGGAACAGCUCGCUACAUGUCACCGGAAAUGGUAGGCAAGUUCUUGGUCAACGCAGAUAUAAAACCAGGGCGAAAAACCGAUGUAUGGAGCUUAGGCUGUAUUCUAAUGGAUCUUGCGGACUGCUUUUACGGAAACCAAGGCAAAUGGAUGGUGCAAGGCACAAACGAGCCCAUCCGAAUCAAUAAUCAAAACGAUAAUUUUAUUUUUUAUAAAACAGCAUCUGGGUUUGUGCCGUUGAUCAACGACAACAUACACCCAGUGAUUGCGAAUAUUAUCAAGAUGUGCCUGCAGGAAAGCAGCGAUGAGCGCAUCGCAGCUGCCAGUUUGGUGGAAGAACUGCACAAAGUUACUUUUGACAGUUAAGUCAGCAGAGUUUCUUCAGGGUGGCAAGCGAAAGAUGGUUAAACCACUGUACACAGCAUCAACGGCAGUACCAAUUCUGCCGAUCCGAACGUUUCCGAACCCGCACCCUCUAGCUUCCGGACAAAGUAGUUACAUGCAUGCAUCACUGUCGUUUCUAUGACUUUCGGAUAUCGUGCCUCCGUUACCAAAUUUUUAAAUUCGUACACAACUACUUAUUUCCAUUGGUAUCGAAUGCGCUUACCUGCACUGAUACUGAGUACGUUUACGUACAGGGAUUUUGAACCUUUUUCGUUUGCAGACAAUGUGCGUUAAUUCUUUUGUUGUUAGGAAGCAAAGAGUAGGAAGAAUAAAUGUUGCAUAGGAAAAAUUAAAACAAAUACUGACGG